AGCAACAAACACGAUGUCAGCCGUGGUCCGUGCAGGGGCAAGCCGGGUCUCUCUAUCCAAUCUUCGCCCUGCACUUGGCUCGCUCCAUGAUAAAAAACGAGUUGGUCGGGGCCAGGGCUCAGGCUACGGUGGUACGUCGGGACGCGGUCACAAGGGUGCCAAAGCUCGUUCAGGGAACGGAAAACCAAAGGCGGGCUUUGAGGGUGGCCAGACACCCAUAACCAAGCGCUUUCCCAAGAAAGGCUUCGUAAACCCGAACCGCAAAGUUUAUGCAGCCGUCAACUUGGAUCGCAUACAGCAUUGGAUCGACCAAGGUCGUUUGACCUGUUCCCCAGACCAACCCAUCACCGCCAAGGACCUGCUUUUGAGUGGUUGCGUACACGACGUUCAUGACGGUGUCAAGUUAUUGGGCGAUGGUGCACAAUUUUUGAAGUCCCCCGUCCACAUCGUGUCGUCUAGGGCGUCGAAGAGUGCUAUCAAGGCAGUCGAGGCAAAUAGUGGAAGUGUCUUUUGCCAGUAUUAUAAUCCACUUGCACUCCGCGACUGCGUCAAGGGCCGUACCGACCGCGUAGCGGCUGCCCCGACACGUCGCAAUGACAUUCUAUGGUACACGGAUUGGAAGAACCGUGGAUACUUGUCACCGGAAGCGGCAGAGAAGAUGCCACUUGUCUCUGAACGGUGGAAACAACUCUCAAGACAGCUCCUUUCUUUCAAGACCCAAAGCUUCAAUAAGAAGCCAGCCGAGAAUACUGCAUCUGCAUAGAGAAUUACGACACAGAU